GAUCCCAGAAAGCGAAAGCGCCUCAACACUGACAUAAUCGUUAUAAAAGUUCACAUUACCACAGGUUCACGGGUAGUUUUGACACAUAUAGAGACAUCAUGUACCGUCAGAAUUACCCCAAUGACCCAGGCAUGCACAAUAACAUGGAUUCACAUACUCGGACAAGCUAUCGACGCAACCCAACAUUUUUUGAACGUGUAGGAAGUAGUCUGUUUGGAAUACUCGCUGGAAUAGCACUUUUGGUGGCAGGAUCUGGUCUACUCUUCUGGAACGAGGGACGAGCUGUUCAAACAUCAAAAUCUUUGGAUGAGGGCUUAAGUAUAGUGCAGUCUCUUCGCACAUCAGAAGUGGCAUUUGAGGAAAACAGCGGAAAGUUGAUCUACCUGUCCGGUGGCCUGAAGACAAAAGAGGUAUUAACCGAUACCCUCUAUGAUGUUUCCAUCUCUGCUGUGAAAUUAAAGCGACAGGUGGAAAUGUAUCAGUGGGUGGAACAAGAACACAAAAGGGAGGUUAAUGAGGGAUCUCACACAAAAGAAGAUAUCACCUAUUCUUACUCCCAGGAAUGGAGGUCAGACUUGGUUCGCUCAUCAUCCUUUGAUAAUACAGUUGGACAUCAUAAUCCCAGUGAGUUUGCUGUACAGCCCAAAGAGUAUGUAGCCUCGGGUGUCUGGGUUGGAGCAUUCGAACUGUCUAAAGGUUUGGUGGAGAAAAUCAAUCAAUAUAAAGAUAUAGAAGCCUCUUCACCUUCCCUCCAGCCAGGUGUACAACUUUACAUGGGAUACUAUUACCAUGGUAAUGACCCAUUAAGGCCACAGGUUGGCGAUUUAAAGGUUAAAUUUUCCUAUGCUGGGUUGUCACACAGCGGUGACCAAGAGAAAACUUCUGCAGAGGCAGACAUGGUCAGUAUUAUAGCAAAGCAGAAGCACAAUCAAUUGGAACAGUAUGAAACUCAAGCUGGGGACAUUCUGGAGCUCCUAUACUAUGGAGAAGUCUCACCAAAGGAAAUUUUCGGAAAGGAACAUGCGCACAACACAUUCAUCACCUGGGCAAUACGACUUGGUGGGUGGCUGUUGAUGUUUGUUGGGUUCGGGUGUGUGACUCGCAUAAUUGCUGUUCUGGUUGAUUGGUUACCAAUUGUGCGGGAACUGGUUGCCAUGGGAAUGCAUAUGAUGAAUUUAGCUCUGUCGAUCAGUUUGUCCCUGACUGUGAUUGCCAUUGGCUGGAUUCGAUACCGACCCUUGCUGGGCAUUGCAAUAUUGGUGAUGGCUUCCACGCCAUUUAUUUUAUCAAAGCUAAGGGUUAGACAUAAUCAGAGCAGUCAUAGAAACGUGUAGCAGGGGGAUUGAGUAGGGAAUUUUAUAAGAAAGUAAAAAGAGAAGUAACUGUCUAUAAAAUGAAUAUUGAUUUUACACUUUGAAUUUGUUUUCAUAUUGGGAAGAAGCACACUUAGUAUAAUUUUUGUGGUGGUUAUUAUUAUUUUUACAAUCCAUGGUCUCACAGAGUCAAGCAUGGUAACAUGCUAAAAAAUUCUACCAUUGUGAUACCUAUACUUCCAUAUAAAUUGAUUCUUGCAAAAGUACACGUGAGUAUAAUUGGGCAAGAUAGGAUUUCGAUUAAAUGAAGACUCAUGCACUAUACUGGUGCACAGUCAAAUCAGGCAAAGUGUCAAUAAAGUCCAAAGUGCCGAACACCAAAGCUGUGUAGUUUCUCAGUUGACUGCACAAUAUGUUAAAACUGGUGUGAAAAACAGAGAUUUUGUCAUGGGAAUGAUAGUAUAAUGAUAGUAAACACUUGGUACAUCAUCUGUGUAAUCCAGGAGGAUGUAAAGUAACACAAUGGAAAAAUGGCUCAAUUCUUUGACAUUUUGAUAGUUGCUUAUUAGGCCUAGACCCAGCUUUGUAUAUCAAAGACAUCAAAUAUAUUGGCAGUAAUUUAUUUGUGUUUCUAAUUUUUUGUAAUAUGGUUUGACUUUUUCACAUAGGUUUUGAAUUCUAGGUACGAAGUAACGAGGCUUGUAUCAUGAUGUUAUCAAGUGUGGGUUUAACAUUCAUAAUUAAUAAAGAAAUCCCAAUGUUGCAUGUACUUGUAUUUUUUUAUUUGAUGUUUGACGACACACUGAAGAAUAUUUCACUUAUGCGACAGCAGCCAGAAUGAUGGUGGUAGGAAAAUGGACAGAGCCCAGGGGAAACGCACGACCAUCCAGGUUCCUGGCAGACCUUCUGACUUACCGCAUGAGAGGAAAUCAGCAUGAGCUGGAGAGAUGAGGUUUAUCAAGUAGUUAGAUAAAUCCGAAUGGCAUGCUUAUUAUGCCUCCGUCCUGAGAACAGAGACAUAUAGUCAAGAGUCAUAUGGGCAAGAAUGAGACAGACACUGGGAUGAAAACAGAGGAAACUAUUCAUCAAUGUAUUUUGACAUUUUCGGUGUUUCUGAAUUAAAUUAUGAUGCAUUUUUUGUAUGAAUAAAGAGGAAUUCCUCCAAAAAAGAGGACAAAUCUCAUGCCUGUAUGGGUCAAGUUUCCUGUACUUUCCUCAAAUCUUGAGAAAUAAUAAAAGGAGAAUUGGCUGACUAC